GGGAGCGGCCGCCCGCCGAGGCCUCGGCGCCCCCCUCGCCAUUUUCCUGCCGCGCUCGGACGCGGGUGUCGCGGCGGCGGGGAGAGGCGGAGCCGCGAGAGCACGGCCCGGGCCGGCCCCGCGGGGCGGUCGCGGCCGUGACGGCGGCUCGGGGCCCGGCUCCCCUUCCGCAACCCCUCCCGCCGGAGAUGAGGGGAAGAUGUCCGUGUCAGGGCUGAAGGCCGAGCUGAAGUUCCUGGCGUCCAUCUUCGACAAGAACCACGAGCGGUUCCGCAUCGUCAGCUGGAAGCUGGACGAGCUGCACUGCCAGUUCCUGGUGCCGCCGCCGGCGCCGCCGCUGCUCACGCUGCACUGCAACAUCACGGAAUCUUACCCCUCUUCUUCACCAAUAUGGUUUGUGGACUCUGAUGACCCAAAUCUGACCUCAGUUCUGGAGCGUCUUGAAGAUUCUAAGAACAACAAUUCGCUUCGUCAGCAAUUGAAGUGGUUGAUAUGUGAACUCUGCAGAUUAUAUAACCUUCCUAAGCACCUGGAUGUUGAGAUGCUAGAUCAGCCACUGCCCACGGGUCAGAAUGGGACAACAGAGGAAGUCACUUCAGAAGAGGAAGAAGAGGAAGAGAUGGCCGAAGAUAUAGAAGACUUAGAUCACUAUGAGAUGAAGGAAGAAGAGCCUAUUAAUGGGAGAAAGUCAGAGGAUGAAGGAAUUGAAAAAGAAAACUUGGCCAUAUUAGAGAAGAUUAGGAAGAGUCAAAGGCAAGACCAUUUAAAUGGUGCGGUGUCUGGGUCAGUGCAAGCUUCAGACAGACUGAUGAAAGAGCUCAGGGACAUAUACAGAUCACAGAGUUACAAGACAGGGAUUUAUUCAGUGGAACUGAUAAAUGACAGUUUAUAUGACUGGCACGUUAAACUGCAGAAGGUUGACCCUGAUAGUCCUUUGCACAGUGAUCUUCAGAUCUUAAAAGAAAAAGAAGGCAUAGAAUAUAUUUUGCUUAACUUCUCUUUUAAGGAUAACUUUCCGUUUGAUCCUCCAUUUGUCCGAGUGGUGUUACCUGUUCUCUCAGGAGGGUAUGUGUUGGGUGGAGGAGCAUUGUGUAUGGAACUUCUCACAAAACAGGGCUGGAGCAGUGCCUACUCGAUAGAAUCGGUCAUCAUGCAGAUAAAUGCCACCCUAGUCAAAGGCAAAGCCAGAGUGCAGUUUGGAGCAAAUAAGAAUCAGUAUAAUCUAGCAAGAGCCCAACAGUCCUAUAAUUCCAUUGUACAGAUACAUGAGAAAAAUGGCUGGUACACCCCUCCAAAGGAAGAUGGCUAAAUAUGCUGACUGUCACAUGUGUGGACCAACGUUGCUUUAAAGAAAAUCUUUCCAACAUGCAGACACAGCUUUGAGUGCCCCAUAACAGCAGUACUGAAGACGUUAGCUAAUAGAUAUUUUAGUGGAUAAUCUGUCAACUGACAUCCAGUAUAAGUUACAGCCUUCUCAUUUUGCUCAUUUUAGGUGUCCGGGACUGAGCAGAGGGGCCUUUCCUGUGUCUCUCCUGAUGAAGACACAUGCUGGCCACUCCUUAUCUCUCUUUCUUAAAGUGAAACCUUUUAGGCAUACAGGGCAGCACCAGGUUACUGAACAGUUGUGACUUUAUGGUAACUUUCCUAUUUUGAGCCCAUGGGUUAUGAGAAUUUGCAGUAUGUUGUUAUAUAUAGAGCCAAUAAAAGUUUAAUCAAUGUUCAGUAUUGGUUUAGAAAAUUUUAGGUCCUCUAAACCAGAUACCUUUCUCAAGUCUAGAACCAUUUUAUGAUACUGCCAAAAUGACACGCGAUCUAACUGUCAAAAAAUUUUAAUGGCUAUGUGAUAGGAACUGUUGUCUGAAGGUCUACUCUUACCUGUGUGGUGAUGGACCUUUAAGGCAAAGAAAGCGAGGCUAUGCCAGCUAAGGCUGUAGCUGGUCAUCCCACUGGGCAGCAGCAGGCCUGCUGGGCUGAGUCUGCUUCCUGUUGGUUUCCUUAUUUCUUAUGAAGACAGCCACAGUACAGAGCUUGAAGCUAUUUAGAAUACUCUCACUUUACAUUUCCAUUUUAUUAACGGGAUGUUGCAAUCAUUUGUAAACUGAUAAAAAACAAUUGGGCAUGGAGACAGGAGCAAAAGCUAGAGUUAAGUACAAAAAGAUACCUAAUUUGGAGUUUGCUGUAAGUCAUAAUGAUGGCCUUCACAUCAAAAACAAGAAUUCUGCAUAGAUUAAUUCUUUAAGACCCAACUCAAAUCCGUGUACCCCCCAUUUUAUUGACUUACCCAAAUCAGUCAUGUUUGGAAAUGUUUUCUUAUGUACCCAAGUUUGAUUUAAAAGUAAAUUCUAGUGACUAAGCACUUUUAAAAAAGAAACCCAAAAGCACAUCUUUCGCAUAAACCGGUUACAAAGUUCAGGUGUUUCUUAGGUGUUCGCUGAAGAUUCGGUUUGUGACUUCGUUUACGUGCCCAGGAGGCCUGGCGAUGGCGUGGUCUUCUCACUGUUGGGUCGAGGACAGAUCAGAUUUCCUGGCCCCGGAAGGGCCGGGUUGCCGGUAGCUCAGAUCACAAGUGACGAGGCAGAGUUCUUUAAAGCAUUAAAGUUCCUUAUACCUAAGGCUAAUCUUGAAUACAUUAUUGAAUUCUUUAAUAUCCGGAUGGCUAGCAGAGGGACAGCUGCACAUUUGGCAUGCUUUGUUUUUCGGAUUUUUAUUUUUCAUAGCAGAUUUAUUUGGCAAUGUACAGUAAAUCUUGUAAACUUGCAUCAAGUUUAUGAAUAAAGAACCAUUUAAGAA